CGUCCGUUCCGGUUGCGACUCCAAAGCCUUCCCGGGUCGUCCGCACGUGACCACGUGAGUUUCGCUGGCAAACCGCAUUAACGUUGCCAAUUUUCGGUUUUCGGGUUUGCCGACACAAAUUCCAUUGAUAAAAAAAAAAAAAAUUACAACUGAAGUGUUAUCGAAUCAUCAUCUUCUCUCGCCAUUGCCAGCCGCGCCUAUCUAAACCUCAUUCUGCCGACCCGAAGACAUAUUAUAUCCCAGGACUAUAAUAACAUACGAUACUAUUCGUACCAACUGUAUACAUAACGAUUAAUUGAUAAAGAUGGAACACUCGCCGUAUUCGCAGAGUCCAAGCCCGUCACCGUCUUUGGUCAAUUUUCCCUCGCCUGCCAACCUACCGGACAUCAGAUUGCAUAGACCCUUCAGCCAGAUGCACGAUCUUAAGCACCUCCACUUGCCGUUUCAAGGUUCCAACUUCGGUUUUCGCUUUAUGGAAAAUUAUUCUGCUCUACCGGCGCAUCUCCUUCACCACUUGCAGCCACAAUUCUUGCACCCGGCCCUCGACCCUCGCAUAUCCUUUUCGCAAGCCACCGGCGUAUUUCAACCCUUGGGCUCUCCAAAUCCCCAUCAUCAACAUCCGACAGUGGCUCACCAUCCAGCCAUUAAGGGUUUUGCGUCUGCUUUCGCACCUCCGGCCAAAUGUUAUAAGAUUGACGACGGCAAAGCUACAAUAACACAUGCCGAUGGGGUAGCCACUCAACAGCAACAGCAACAUCAUCAGCAAAACCAACAGCUAUCUACGUUCCCGUACCCAAGGAGGAGUCCUUGUUCUCCGGCCAGUAUGUCAGCUUCACCGACUUCCGUGCAACAGCAGAACGCCGCAGCUGCCGGGAAGGAAGAGUGCUCUGACAGAGACACGCCGAGUUCUGGAGCAGUAUCUGAAGACGGCAGGACCAUUAGAAGGAAAAAAGCCACCGUGCCACCAACCGUGACGGUAAAACCCCAACAACUCCAGCACCAAUCGCAGCAGCAGCAAGCUCAACAGUCCUCUUUGCAGCAACAACAGCAGCAGCAGCAACAACCUUGCUGUCCGGUGUGCAGCGUCUCGCUGAGACCCCAAGACCUGGAAUCACAUUUCCUCUACGAGCUAGAACGGUUGUAUAAGGCUUCGACCAACCGCAGACACAGAAGAACCGGCAGCGACAAGGACUUUAAGGAUCAGACCAGGGAAGGUGGCGGAGGAGGGACGUCGUUGUCGCCUGGCCGAGAAGCUUCGUUGCACGGUCGAUGGGAAACUUACCAAAAGGUAAAAGCUAACCGUCACAACAGAUUGAGAAUAAAGAACCGCAAGCGGAAGCCGGAUGACGUAUGUUGUCCCGUGUGUAACGAUCCUAUGCCUGGUACACAAGAGCAGAUAAACCUGCACGUGGAAAUGUGCCUGAGGAACAAGGGCCAUCCGGCGUCCAACGAAGAUGAGAAUGUGGACGUGGAAGGAGACAGUGAAAUGUACGACGUGUAUGGCUGGACAAACAGAAUGCGGCAGCCUUCCAUGCUGGUACAUGGAUACAACAGAGCAGGCGUGCCCAUUGUCAAUUGUAAUCCGAGACAAUCAACCGCAGAUGACGAGGACGCUGUGCUUGUGGUUGACGACAACGGUGAAGACGAAAUAUACAAGUAUGGCCCAAACCAGUACGCUGAACAAGAUAUAAUUCCACCUCCUACUUCGGAGAGCCAACUUACACCCGAACAAAACGAUUCCAACGCAAUGGAAAUGACGGCAGAAUUUUGUGAAAAUACAUCUGGGCCGCUUGACGUAUCGAUCAAAAAAGAGCUGUCACCCGAAGACGGUAGUCAACAGACCAAACCUAAAAUGGACGUGGAAAAAUAUCAGUUCAACAACAACAAUCAAAUAGUCGAAGCGCUUAAAGCUAGAAUCAGAGAGCUGGAAUUGGUAUCCAAGAACAGUGACAAGUUUACCUGUUUACUGUGCAAGGGUAACUUUAAAGACCCGGUAGUUUCAACUUCGUGUUGGCACGUGUACUGCGAAGUAUGUUGGCUACAAAUUUUGGGUUCCAAGAAACUGUGUCCUCAGUGUUAUGUCAUAACGCUUCCGUCUAACCUACGAAGAGUUUACCUGUGAUCGGUGUAAUAUUAAAUAAUAAUACCAUAGUUCAUAGUUAUUUAAUGUUAACUAUUGAUGUACUCAAAAGGAUUUCGCCGUUUCUAUUUUUAAAUGUAUAAAGUUACAUUAUUCACCAUUACUAUUACAAAAUAUUAUUAUAAUUACUAUUAUUAUUAUUACUAUUAAUACUAU